AACUGAGCAUAUAUAAAGCGCCUCGUUUUCCUUGUCAGUAUCAAGCAUCACGACUGCAACUACUGCAAGAUGGCAUUUGCUCUUCACCUGUUGUUCCUCGUUUGUGGAAUCAGUGGACUGUUCACUGGAGUCGAAUCUGUCAAAUUGACUCCAAAAAUAGCCAAUAGCUGCCCUCGAGGCUGGACUCAGUUGGACUGUAAAUGUUACAUUUACGAAGAUGAAGAGAGGUCUUUUGCUGAUGCAGAGAGCGUCUGCAACAUUCUUGGUGGAAAUCUGGCCUCCAUCCACAAUGACUUGGAAAAUGCAUUUAUUGUUGAACUGAUUCGAGCGAAUGGUGACGAGUCGGAGGGCUGGAUUGGACUCCAUGAUGCAAUUGAUGAUACUGACUACAUAUGGACUGAUGGCUCAGAUGAAGAUUUCCGCAACUUUGACACAACAGGUUCAGAGCCAAACGAUACGACUGGUGACUGUGUGGAAAUUGAUGAGUCCGAUGGACUUUGGCAAACUGCGGCCUGCGCAGACGACAAUGUGUAUGUUUGCAUCAGAGAUAUACUCCACUAAUUACUCAUCUUAACAGCCUGGCUUCUGUCACAAUGGUGUUCGAUUAUUGUGAUGACUCAGUGAAAUAAUAUCAAACUUUAGUGGUGCCAUUGUAUCUCUGGGUUUUCUAUCAACUCCCUUUCCCUUCUCUUAUAUUGACAGCAAAUUAGUAAUGUCAUCACUUUCAUAAAUAAAGGAACCUGUCUGCAUCAAAA